GGCAGCGUUGGGGUGGUGGUUCGCUAUCAACAUUUUCAACCUCUCUUUGUCAGUUUUUCCUCUGAUCCUCAGGCGGUUUUAUAGGGUUUAUCUAACCCCAAUAUUGACAUAAGCUUCAAAGUUCAAACACAGACAGAAAGAGAUAGGCACAGUACAAUGGGUUCCCUGCAGAAUGGGGUAGAGAGACUAAUACUAAAUGGCAGAGAGGAAGAUAAAGAAGAAGAGAAGGAAGAAGAGCCAAUAUUGAAGGAGCAAAACGAGAGGUUUUGUAUGUUCCCCAUAAGGUACAAACAGCUUUGGGAGAUGUACAAGAAGGCUGAAGCCAGUUUCUGGACCGCUGAGGAGGUUGAUCUUUCCCAGGACAUUCAGCAGUGGGGAGCUUUGUCUGACUCUGAGAAAUUUUUCAUUGGCCAUGUACUGGCAUUUUUUGCAGCAUCUGAUGGGAUUGUACUGGAGAACCUGGCCGCUAGAUUUCUAAAUGAUGUUCAAGUGCCAGAGGCUCGGGCAUUCUACGGAUUUCAAAUGGCAAUGGAGAAUAUUCAUUCUGAAAUGUACAGCUUGCUUCUGGAGACAUAUAUCAAAGAUCCAAAAGAGAAGCAUAGGUUGUUCAAUGCAAUUGAAAACAUACCUUGCAUUGCUAGGAAGGCCAAGUGGGCAUUAGAUUGGAUUCAAAGUUCCACUUUGUUUGCAGAGAGACUUGUCGCUUUUGCAUGUGUUGAAGGAAUCUUUUUUUCAGGAAGCUUCUGUGCCAUUUUCUGGCUCAAAAAGAGGGGAAUGAUGCCAGGUUUGACGUUCUCAAAUGAGCUUAUUUCUAGAGACGAGGGCCUCCAUUGUGACUUUGCUUGUCUUCUUUACAGCUUGCUAAGGAAGCAACUACACUUGGAAAAAGUUCAUAGCAUUGUCCAUGAAGCUGUAGAAAUUGAGACACAGUUUGUGUGUGAGGCCCUCCCAUGUGCAUUGAUUGGCAUGAAUUCAACACUCAUGAGCCAGUACAUAAAGUUUGUUGCCGACCGACUUUUGGUUGCGUUAGGGUACCAGAGAAAGUACAAUGUGGAAAAUCCUUUUGAUUGGAUGGAGUUUAUUUCUUUGCAAGGCAAGACGAACUUCUUUGAGAGAAGAGUGGGAGAAUAUCAGAAGGCAUCUGUAAUGUCAAGCCUUCAAGAUGGCGGGAAAAACUAUGUCUUUAAGCUGGAUGAGGACUUCUAGUCAUGACUCCUUGCUCCACCCUCUGAAAAUCAUAGAGAUGCUGGACUGUGCAUCAAAAUUUUGUUACUAUUCUUCUUGGUCUAUAGUCUAUUCCAUUUAUAAGCAAUUCAAAGUAUAAGCAAUCUGAAAUUCUUAGUCCGAGAUGUUUAUUUUUAUUAGAAAGAGUGAUAAACUUUUCAUAUGUGCUUUAUCUAUGUCAUGACUAAGAAGUUGUAAUAUAUCUAUUGUUAAAUUGAUUCUCUCAAUGUAGAACUUUUUUUCA